AUGAACUCUGCUGCGACCCCGGUACUAAAGCUGCAGCCGCGCUCCAUCAACACGACCCACGGCAGUGUGCCCGGCGCAAAGUCCGUUUCGAGCAGCUCCUCGAAAGUGAGGACGAGGUCGAUCCGUGUGACAUCGGCUCCGUGUUCAGAGGUGCGGCCCCGUGGAACGACGAUGACAUCCGUGUUGUCUGUGACCCGCCGCACCAUUCGAAAGGUAAAGCCCAUCUCACAAGACCAACCCCACGUCGCUCUGGUGGAAGCGAGCGAACCACAGACGAGGAGCAGCGCUCCGGUGUCACUUCUGUCGAUUUUCACCAAAAAAUCUUGCACAGGUGAUAGUGUCAUGGCGCCGCCGUCGGCAGGGGCUGCGUCCAAGUUGUCUGUGCACUGUGUCAAGCCGUCCAGUGGCGCCGCUGUCGCCACGCCUUCAGUGAUAUUGCCCAACCGCUCGGCUUCACGAGCGGACUCGACAUGCGGCAGCUUGAGGGGUCGAAGUAACAGGGGUUUUGCGGAUCUUCGACAGCUCCCUCCAACGGUGCCGCGCUUGGGUCAGCUCUCCAGCAACGUACCUUUGAUGCGAUCUGCUACGGUGAUGACGGCGUCGAUUCGGCGAACAUCCAGCGUCACGACUAUUAUCCCCACGGCAAGUGCACCCGGCUCACAACUCUGCAGUCGUACCCCGUCUGUGCAUGAGGUGGCAGUUCCCCUAUCUCCGCGUCGUGCUCCGCUGCCGGUGCGACCGUACACCUCAGCCGCAGCUUCCCGCGUCAACUCAGUCAACUCGCGACUCGCGGAAGGAAUAGCACGCCCUAUGCGACAACCGUCGCAGUGUCCACACAUCAGCUCGGUACGCCCUGUGACAAAGCGAAGCAACAGCUCAGCUUCAACCACCGGUCCCACAAGGACCACCAGCCCCAUUGCUCCCCUUUCCAACGGAGUGGCGAUGACGGCGGACGACGGAAUGAGGGCUCCUUCAGCGGCUCUGGGAGUGCCGCCUCGCUCGAUGGGCCUGCGGCCCUUGGUGGGAACAAAUCAUGUCUCUACGCCGAAGAGCGGAGGCGUCACUGACGCUUCUCGUCUGCGCAUACUUCACCCCAGCUUUCAAUCUACUUUACGGGCCGACAGAGGGACUCGCAGCGCUCGUGGUGGCGCCAGCAGCGGGAGCAACAGCAAUGCAGCCAGCUGCACGUCGGCUCGCGGGGCGUCACACCAGGCGCCGGUGCGGCAGCACCAGCAUCAGCAGCCCUUAUCUGCGCGGUGCGCUGCCAGUGCCUCACCGUCGCGCAAAGUAACACGGAAGCUUGGAAGCGACAGUGCGUCUGUCGCUGUUGCACCCGCACCGCCUGCCCCAUUCCAGAAGACGCACACCGGAUACACUCCGCUGGUAUCUUUUGCGGGCUUUGUACAGGGACCGGGUGUCUCUGCGGUACCGAGGGGCCCCGUCUCUCCAAUUAGGCGGACUUCCACAGCGUGCCCCAGCGCUGCUCAACACUACCCAGCUGCAUCGGCAGAAAAACCAGCGCGCGCCAGCAGGGGACUUGCCUCGCCGAACACUGAUGCUGCCUUCGCGAAUCCGUGGAUUAGGCCUAGCAUGCUCUCCACCCCAACCAACCGCGGCGGCGGCCGUGACGCCAGCGAAGCUCCCACCCUUCCCUACGAAGGUUCGACAGGUCAGCGGGGAUCCUUGUCACUCUCGCCGCGCACCGACUUCGACGCCUUUUCCGUAUCGGGACGUCUGAGCUACGGGGUGUAG